AUGAGAACAGUUGAAAAGAAAAAUCAGACUUGUUCAUCAACAAUAGCUAAACCUGUAACCAGCAAUUCUUCAUCUAGUUCCUCCAUCACAUCUUCCACCUCGGCAAUUGAAUGUUCAACCAACUCCUCCUCCUCUUCUUCGUCAUUAUCAUCUCCCACCCAAAAUAGUCGUCCUGUUAAAAAUGAAAUAAAAUCGGAAACUAAAGAUUUUAAUGAUAAUUACAAGAAAGAGCAGCCAAAAAGUAACCAGCAAUUACAAAGGCCCUCCUUCUCAUCAUCAGUAGCAGCAGCAACUGUGAAUUAUAUUUCCCACCAAGAACCACAACAACAACAACAAAGAGAAGAGCAAGAACCAACAAAUGUAAAUUCAAAUGAUGCUCUAUUAGGCCAGACAGCAGGAGGACAACAUUAUAUCGCUGGUAUUGCGGCUGCACCUUUGGAUAAUUCUGUUAGUAAUUUAUCAGAUGAUUCCUUUAGUUUCUGUUUUAUUUCGGCUUUAUUAGGUUUGCACUAA